GCAGGAAAGGUCAUGGAAAAUGAGGUUUUAUGGAGGAACCUCAUUAUCAUAGCAAAUAAGAUAAGCAAUACGGGGAAUUCACAUAAAGCAGGAGAAAUUCACUGAUCAGCUAUAUUACAUUAUUUUCGGCAGUACUAUUUUAACUGUUGGCACUGUGUUGUUGUAAAGUGGCUGAAUGAACUCCGAAGAGUGAAGGGCAAAUGAUUCACACUCAGUACGUGUACGUACCCAUAGCAAAAUAUUUUAAAUAUUUCUUUUUGUUUCUUUUUCUGUUUAGAGGGACUUGACAAAACUGAUAAAGUUGUUGUCAUGUGACCAGUAGGUCACAGAUUCGAACCGUGAAAAAUAGCCACCUGCAAAAAUAAAGGAUAAAACUACAUACAGUAAACUCUUGCGGUCCGAGAGCUUAUGUACCGAUUGUCAUCAUUUUUUCUUUUUCAGAUUUAAAAAAAUCGCUAUGGGUGGAAAGGUGCCUGAAAAAAGCUAGAAAGAGGAAAAAAAGAAUCCUCAACGGCCCCAACAUAUAGUACUCUAGAGCCAUGAGCUCUCUUGGAAGAAAAAAACAAAAAACACCAAAAGAAACAAACGGACCUUCCCAAAUUUAGGAACAGAAAUUGGCUGAACACCAAAGAAUAAUUCUUCAAAAGGAAAGCUCAAAUGGUGAAAUUAACUAAAAUGAGUCAUGUUAUUGGAAAAGAAAUAAAGAAUAUUUCAAGAUGAUGAAGGAAGUAGAAGGAUCAUCAUCAAGUAGUAGGUGCCAAGACUGUGGAAAUCAAGCUAAAAAAGAUUGCACUUAUUUGAGGUGCAGAACUUGCUGUAGAAGCCGAGGGUUUCAUUGUCAAACGCACAUUAAGAGCACUUGGGCCCCUGUGUCCACAAGGCGUCCACGGCACCAUCUUCACCAGCAACUUUCUACUAUUCAACAACAGCUUCAAGCUGUACCAAACCCUAAUAAAAGAUACAGAGAAAAUCAUGAAAUUCAAGGUGAAGAAGAAGGAGAUUUUCCGGGGGAAGUGAGUUUUCCAGCAGUAUUUCGAUGUAUUCGAGUAAGUUCCAUUGACAAUGUGGUAGAUCAGUAUGCUUAUCAAACAUCAGUGCAAAUAGGAGGACAUGUUUUUAAAGGAAUAUUAUAUGAUCAAGGAUCUGAGAAUCGUUACAAUAAUAUGGCAGCUGGUGAAAGCAGCUCCUUUCAGCAGCAGCAACCUCCUAAUUUACUUACUGCUGCAACCACUAGUACUACUGAAGCACCUUCUUAUCCCAAUCCUUUUAGUACUUUCAUUCCUGGCUACCACCACAUGGGCGCAAAUAAAACGAAUCAGUACUUGUACGGAGUUCAUGCAUCUUUCAAGUUUUAUGGAUAAACGAUGAGCUCACAUUAUGGACAAAAUCAUCUGUAUCUUAAGCCUUUUUGUUUGUACUCUACAUUGUAUUAUAUUUUUCUUGUAUUAGCAAAAGACAUGGUGAAGAAAAUAAAAGAUUUAUUUAAGAGUGGUGCA